AUGAAUGUAAACGAAUCAAGAAAGGAAAAUUCUCUUUCCUAUCUCAUUACAAGAAAUUUGAAGUGUCUUGCAAACACUGCGGGAAAGGCUGUUGAAAAGGCAAUAGAACUAAGAAAAAAGGAUCUAGCAGAAGGAUUAAGUUACGAAAGAACGAUGGAAUGGUUAAAAGGACAAAAAUAUGAUAUUGAGAAACAAGUAAUAGUGUUGGACGAUAUAAUCACCGAGGGAAAUGAUUUGAAAAUAGAGUGGAAAGAAUUGUCACAUUCAGCAAAUGAUGAUGAUUGGGAGAAUAACACUUGCGUUACACGAAGAUUACUUAUACAGGAAGACUAUUUGAUAAGGGAACUAAGAUUUAUUGUGAAAGAGCUUCACUUCUUAUGA